GCCGCUGCCGCAGGCGAAUGCGUCGGUAAUCGCUGGCGGAAGGGGAUCAACAAGUCGUGAGAGCACUGGUGGAGAGGGGCGUCCGCCAGAGCCGGACUGAGACAAGACACACCUGAUAUUUCCAUUUUUAAGCGCGCUGCCGAUGCUCUCGACACAGCUGCACUUCAUGUCGAUGCUGCGAUCGUCGGGUUCGGUGCUGAGUGGACGUUUCGUGCCCGAUAUUGGAGGUGACGCGCGAGACAGCAUUACGGCUGGCGAUUGCGGCACAUCAUCAUCGGCGAAUGACCUGGCCCAGGACGUGAACCGCCUAGACCGAUCCGCCCACCAGGAAGAGGACCGAAGCUGCGCGGGUCAGCUGGUCAGCGAUACAGCGCGGCUCGAAUCCAACGGUAGACUCAUGGGAGCCUCCCCAACACCGUCGUCGUCGUCCAUGUCGAGAGCCUUGCGGGCGGUUGCGGCGCGCUGCCCGUCGACGAUGGCGGCACCGAACGACUCGCGCUCCCCGAGCCUGUCGAGCUGGGGUACGGGCUGCCCUUCAGCUGCCCGUUGUAGUCAGCGCCAUGCCCCGAUUCUCCUACUUACUUGGUUCCUCCUUCACGCGCUUCGCAGGUGCGUAUCGCUUAUGCUCUUUCUCCAGUGUCUCGCCCGCCGCGGUUCCCGUUCGAGCUCUGAGAGUCCUUGUCCUUCGUGCCAUUCCGGCGACGGCGGUCCUUCGGCUCGGGCUUCCUGGCAGGCGUUGGCUGCUGCAGUAUACGCAGGCUCUCCGACGUAUGUCUAUAGCCAAUUCAAGUUGACAGAGAGGAUGGGUGGCUGCACCGAACAACGGGGUUGGCAGGAAAGUCGCGAGUCGCAACCGUUGACAUGGACGAGUGGGUGACGUGGCGCGCCUGUUUAGGGCAGGCGCCCGCGGUACUUGUUCCUCACCGAGCCUCCUUCCCUCCCGUCUGAGCGCUAAGUUAGCGCUCACCCGUACACACAGUAUCCUGAGUCGAUACCACAACCACAGUGCUCGUGUUACUAUGCAGUAUUCGUGUAGUAUGUACUUAGGUUUAUUAGGAUAUAAUGUAGACUACUUACUUA